AGCAUCUUCGAGCUCGUCGACCGGGCUGCACCCCCAUUCAUCGAAGAGCUCGACUACGAGUUUGAGGCGGAGAACCAGCGCGAGUUUGCUGAGCUCAUCUCAAAGUGCGAGCUGGUCGAGGACACGGUGGUCGUGCCGGAGGUGCUGAAAGCUUCAAGAGAAGUUCUGGUGCAGGAGUGGCUCCCUGGGAAGAAGCUGACGGAGGAAGGGGCUGCCAAGGACCAGUCGCAGGAAGUGGUCAAGGUCCUGCUGAACUCGUACAUGGUGCAGCUCCUCGAGACGGGUUUCCUCCAUGGGGACCCCCAUCCCGGCAACUUCGUGCUCAUGCCCACGGGGAAAAUCGGGAUCUUGGACUACGGGCUCAUGACGCGCAUCACGCCCGAGAAGCGGGUAGCCCUCAUCGAGUACCUCAUCCAUGUGCAGGCCAACAUGUACGACGAGUGUCUCCAGGACCUCGUCACCCUGGAGUUCCUACCCGAGGGCAUUGCUAGCGACAAGGUGGCGCGAGAAGUCAUCGUUCCACGGCUCGCCGAGACCUUAAACAUCCUCUUCGAGCAGAGCGACCUCCGUGUUCAGAGGGAGAAGUUCAUCAAACAGCGCGAGGAGCUGGAAGCUACGGGUAAGCUGGAAGUUCUCCAGGAGGAGCUCCAAAACAUCGCGAAGAAGUAUGGAACUUUUGAGCUUCCUGGCUAUGCCACGCUGAUCAUCCGGGCACUGGCAACCCUGGAAGGCGUCGGCCUCCGGGCAAACAAGGACUUUUCGCUGUCGUCCGAGACGUUUCCCUAUAUCGCGCGCCGGCUGCUUACAGACGAUGGGGAUCGCAUCCGAAAGGCACUGAAGGCCUACCUCUACAAGGGUCGCGCGCGCAUGGCCCCGGAUCGCCUUGAGAGCAUUGCACGAGGCUUCCGAACCUUCACCAAUCUCAUGAAAGGCGGUCGGAAUGAGGCGGUGGCUGCGGGCGCCCCGCGCCCCGAGGACUUCGUGGAGGCCCAGAAUGAGGAGGUGUCCCUGGAUGCCGCCACGAAAGAUAUCGCUGCCGUGGUGUUCUCUCCGGACGGCAACUUCCUUCAGGACCUGUUAAUCGACGAGGGCGUCGCCGCCGUGGAUGCCCUCUCACGGGCGGCUGUGUCGCAAGUGCUGCGCAUCCUCGGACCCCUCGGAGCGCCCGUAGCGGCACCGAUGCAGCUGAUCCUGGGCUCUGGCACCGAGCGCCUGCUGACUCGAGAGGACAAGCAGUCUCUCCUGGUCAUCCGGAAGAUUGUGCAGAUCAUUCAG